AUGGAAAGCAUUAUUGAGUAUCUUGAAAAUAAAACUAUCUUAGUGACUGGUGUAACUGGAUUUUUGGGCAAAAUUUUUGUAGAAAAGAUACUACGACUACAACCAAAUAUCGGAAAGCUCUUUCUACUACUAAGGGCUUCAGAUCCAAACACGGCCUUGCACCGCUUGCACUCAGAGGUCAUUGAUAAGGACUUAUUUAGAGUCAUAAAAGAGAAACAUGGUACAACAAUGCAUACAUUCAUAUCUGAAAAGGUUAUCCCAGUGGCCGGUGAUAUCAGAUUGGAAAACUUUGGAGUGACAAACAUGGAUUUGUUAAACGAUAUGCGUAGACAAGUCGAUGUUGUUGUUAGCUCUGCUGCCACCACCAAGUUUGAUGAGAGAUACGACAUGGCAUUCGCAACAAACACACUGGCAGUUAGGCACAUUCGCGGCUUUGUCAAUGAAUGCACCAACAUAAAACUACUUCUUCAUGUAUCUACAGCUUAUGUCUCCGCGGGUGAAAGGUCCGGAAUUGUAUUGGAAACGUCAUUAAAAAUGGGUGCGACACUUAAUGGCAAAAAUGAUCUGGACAUUGAAGAGGAGAAGAAGGUGAUACAAGAGAGACAUAGGCAACUCGUCUUCGAGAGAGCCAAUGAGGAAGCCAUUUCAUCUACCAUGAAGGAUUUUGGUAUACAGAGGGCAAAGUUGCAUGGAUGGCCGAAUACGUAUGUCUUCAGCAAAGCGAUGGGGGAGAUGCUAUUACUUGAGGAGGGAUUAAGACCAGAUGUGUCGGUAGUCAUACUACGUCCUACAAUUGUUGGAAGUACCUACAGAGAACCGUUUCCAGGAUGGAUUGAAGGCGUCAAAACCAUUGAUGGCUUCAUUGCUGCAUAUGGUAAAGGCAGGACUACAUGCUUUCUCGCGGAUCCUUUCAUAGUACUUGACAUUGUUCCAGCAGACAUGGUAAUUAAUGCUAUGAUUGUAGCUAUGGUGGCUCAUACAAAUAAGCCUAACUCGAAGACCAUCUACCAUGUGGGAUCGUCCACGUCAAACCCAAUAACAAUUUCUAGUCUCGGGAAUAUCAUCAGUAACUACUUUGCUAAGCAUCCACUAAUAAGUCAACAAGGAAACCCAAUCAUAGUAACAAGCAAAAUUACAUAUUUGACUUCCAUGUCCAGCUUCAAUAGAUAUAUGGUGAUCCGUUAUGUGAUUCCCUUAAAGGGACUGAAAUAUGCAAAUAUGAUAUUUGGCGGAGCUUUUAAUGCAUGGUAUCUUGAUGCUGAUCGAAAGCUGAAUAUCAUACUUAGAUUAGCUGAUCUUUUUAAACCAUAUGUUCUCACCACCAUCAUUUAUGACGAUGCAAAUCUCAACAAGUUGCUUAGUUCAGCUAGAAAGAGUGUCAAAGUAGAGACACAGACGUGCUCCUUUGACGUAAAGUCUGUUAACUGGGAAGACUACUUUAUGAAUAUACAUAUCCCUGGCUUGGUGAAAUAUGCAAUCAAGUAGUAUGAUUUACAUGAGCAACUACAAGCAGAGGAGCAUAAAGAAUGCGCACUUGAAGCAAAAAUGGGACUAAUAAAUAACUACAAACUAUAAAUAAUUUCGUGCAUUAACAUACCAAGGGCCGCCCUAUCUAGGCACAUACCAAGGUUUUUGUGACAAUGGUCGCACCUAAUUAAGAUAUUGUGAUUAUUAUCUGAAAAGUAAUAAUUGCAAAAAGGGUGAAAUUAUACAUCUACCAUGGUUUCUAUAAAUCUAAUGUCUUUGCACCCAUGAAAUUCCAAAAGAAUAAGUAUCGACGACUCUAUAGUG